CACGGGGACACGGGAUGGAGCACAGGGGACACUGGGGACAUCCUGGGGACACGGGACGUGGCACAGGGGACAUUGGGGACAUCCCGGGUCCCUCCCCGGGGCGGCUCCGGUGAGUCACGGCUCUGCCCCUCCCGGGCCAUAAAGUGGAGCCGCCCCGAGCGUCGCCGCCCCAUGGAUGCUCCGAGCUCUGCCCGCACCCUGGGACCCCGUACCCGGCUCCUCCUGUCCCUGCUCUGCUGGACCCUGGUCUCCUGCCCCACAGGUGCCAUGGCCCUGCAGCGCCCCAGCAUCACCGCCUUGCGGACACCGCAACGCCCCCCUCGACUGGGAGAAAGCGUGAACGUCUCAUGCGAGGCGGUGAGCGGCUUCCCCGAGUUCACGCUUCUCUACUGGUUGGGGAACGGUUCCUUCGUGGAGAAGCUUCAUCCAGAUGGUGCUGUGCGUGAAGGGAUGGUGCUAGAGGAACCGCGAGGUUCAGUGGUGGCCUUGCAUCGUGACCUCUAUUUCGAGUCCUUCAGCGCCCGGGACCUUCACACCAACUUCACUUGCGUGGUGCUCAGCCCCUUCGGCGUUGACACCAGGGAGGUGCGGUGGCCACCACCAGCUCCUGCCACCAGCGGAGGACUGGGCUGAGACCGGGGAGCAACUCGUCACGGGUGUGUGCUCCACUCCCAGGACCACACAUGGCUGCGUGGGGACGCGAUGCCUCUGGAGAGGACCUGUCUGCGCCUCCCGCCAUGGGGUCCACGUGGCCCAGCAUCUGCUGACCCUGCUGUGUGUGGGGGUCCUGUCCCCCCAAGCCAGGGACGUGACCCUGCGUGGAGACCCCAGGGUUCAUUAAAGUGCAUCAAGGCUGCUCGGUGUCACCCGUGUCCCAGAGAGGUGAAAGGAGAUGGUGGUGGUCCAGGAGCCCACCAAGGGCAGGAUGAGUCCUUGACCACCUCCCUGCCUAGCGAGGGGCUGGAGAGGCGUGGAGGAGCCUGGUCCUGCCCCGGGGAUGUGGAGCACCACAAGUGGAUGGUGGAGGAGGAGAUUGGGGAGCCCUGGGGUGCAGAGACCCCAGAAAACUGAGCCCAUCAUAGGAUCAUGGCAUGGGUUUGGUUAGAAGGGACCUUAAAGCCCUUCCAGUUUCAGCCCCUCCACCACGGGCACGGACACCUCCUACUGGACCAGGUUAAUUCAAGCCUCAUCCAACGUGGCCUUCAACACUUCCAGGGGUGAGGCAGCCUCCACCUCUCUGGGCAACCUGGGCCAAGGCCGCCCCACCUUCAUCAGCAAGAAUUUCUUCCUAAUGUCCAAUCUAAAUCUUCCCCCUUCCAACUUAAAGCCAUUCCCUAAUGCAGAUGGAGCAAACUCGGUGACUAUCAGUUCCCUUUGUGUCAUCGCUGGCCGGGCAUCGCACCCCUGCGUCACCGACACUGGGGGAGACUCUGGCCAGGCUGAGGGAUGAUGUUUUAGUCUCUUGCAAUACUGUUAGAUCUAAAGAAUCACAUAGCUUGAUAAAAGUUGUGGAUACCUCAUCCCUGGAAGUGCUCAAGGGCAGGAUGGAUGGGGCCUUGAGCAGCCUGGUCUGCUCCCAGUGGUCACUCCAAAAGGGUCCUUGCAAGAGCUGACCCCGGAUUAACCACCAGCCCUUAUCAGUCGUGGGGGUUGAGGUGGGGUCCACGUAUACGACCACGGUGAUCACCGUCCUGAUAAUAGUGCACCCGGGGAAGAGAUUGUGGAGGACCCCGGAAUUUGAGUUCCUGCUGGAUGGAGUGGUCUGGGUGGUGUCCUCCACAGGGUCCUGGGAGACUGGCGGGUGCUGGGAGAAGAGGUGUGCACAGCAGUGUCUGCAGCAAUCCUUGAGGCAGCUACAGAGCUUCUCGCAGCCCUUCUGCAAACACUAUCCUACGAAGCAUGGCUCUUCGUCUGGUUGGGCAC